GUUCUGGAGGCGUUUUGUCGCAUUGGUCCCCGCACUUUCUGUUCUCGGCGCGCAACUGCGUAGUGCGGAAAAGACCUUCCGGACUGUCAGAUACGCUGGGCGGAAGAUAAAGUGGAGUUGCUCCUGUAAUCUGGAUCAACCUAAAUUCUGGGAACUGCUGCGAGCGAGUUUUAAGAAGCUCUACUGACGCUCAUUGGCUUCCCCGGACAGUUUGGGCUCUGGGCCGCUCGUUUCAUCGGUAUCUUUAGUAAACAUAUGGAUUUUGCAGGAAGAUUUGGAUAAAGCCAUGACAAGAUGGGCUCGAGCAAGGGUCACACAUAACAAGAAGGUUCUAGACGCAACACCCUGGGAUGAUCUGAAAAAUGGGCCUGCUGGAACCGUAGAAACAAAUAAAAAGCAGAGCUCUCCAGAUAGUUUUUCUUUAAAGAACAACCAAGUGAAAAAGAAAAAUAAGAAGAAAAAAGACUACCUGAAUGAAGAUGUCAAUGGCUUUAUGGAAUACUUAAAACAGAACUCACAGAUGUUGCACAAUGGCCAGUUGAUUGAUAGUCAUCAAACAGAGGAAGAAAUAGCAACAGCUUUGAAAAAGGACAAGCGGCGAGAACAGAGGAGAGUGAAGCGCCAGGAAAUUAAGAAGAAUAUAAUGGUGUGCUUCCACUGUCGAAAACCAGGACAUGGGGUUGCAGAUUGUCCAGCUGUCCUUGAAAGCCAAGACAUGGGAACCGGAAUUUGUUACCGAUGUGGCUCUACUGAACAUGAAAUCAACAGAUGCAAAGCAAAAAUAGAUCCAGCUCUUGGAGAAUUUCCAUAUGCAAAAUGCUUUAUUUGUGGGGAAAUGGGCCAUCUGUCAAGGUCAUGUCCUGAUAAUCCUAAAGGACUUUAUGCUGAAGGAGGGUCUUGUCGGAUUUGCGGAUCUGUGGAGCAUUUUAAAAGAGACUGUCCAGAAAAUCAAAGCUCAGAUCGAGCAGUAACUGUUGGUCGAUGGAUAAAAGGAAUGAGUGCAGAUUAUCAAGAAGUUCUAGAAAACCCUGGGCCACAAAAAGGAAAACCAAAAGUACCUAAGAUUGUUAAUUUUUGACCAUUCUUGUUCUGUAUAAUAUUUCUCAAUAUAUGACUUAAAAUAAAAACCAUAAGCUUUUGGAGAUCCCCAAACUA